AUGCUUGUCUUUUCAAUUGGUUUAAUAGAUUUAACAGAUUUAACAUCAACUAAAAAUAAAUGUUCAAAUUCAAAUUUAUAUACAAUCAAUAAUAAAUCAAAAUUAUUUGAAUAUAAUAAUUUUAUUGGUUUAGAAAUACUUAAUUUCAAAUUUAAUAUUUUCAAAUUUUUACAUAGAUUAAUUUAUGGUAGUAAAAGAUUCAAUGAAUUAUUUCCACCUAUAAAAAAUUUAAAAAAUUUGAAUAAUGAAAAAAAAUUAUUAAAUAGAUUUUAUCCGAUAAAUUGUGCCGCAGAUGAUUUAGAAUUAGGUUUUAAUAGUUCAGAAGAUCAAAUUGAGUUUUUUGAUAAUACAAAUCCUCAAAUAGUUCAUCAUUAUUAUUAUCAUCAUCAUCAUCAUCAUAAUAAUAAUAAUAGUGAUAAUAAUAAUAAUAAUAAUAGUAAUAAUAAUAGUAAUAAUAAUAAUAAUCAUAAUUAUUUUGAGUAUAAUUAUGAUUAUAAUCAAAAUCAUAAAGACAAUCAUGCUGAUUUAAAUACCCCGGUAUAUUUACAAUACCAAUUACAACAACAACAAAAUCAAGUAGAACCAAUUGAAAAUAAUUUCGAUUAUCAAACUGAUAAUAAUAAUGAUAAUGAUAAUAGUAAUAAUAAUAAUAAUAAUAAUAGUAAUAAUAAUAAUAAUAAUAAUAAUAAUAAUAAUAAUAAUAAUAAUAAUAAUAAUAAUAAUAAUAAUAAUAAUAAUAAUAAUAAUAAUAAUAAUAACAAUAAUUUACCAAUGUUUGAUGAUUUUUUGGAUGCUCAUCAAAAUUCAACAACAACAACUACAACUUAUAAAAAAUUUAAUGAAGAUAUUUUUAAUGAAAAAUUAAAUAUUCAACAAAAUUUAGAUGUUUUUGAAAUUAUGAAUAAAUCUACUAUAUCAUUUUCACCAAAGCUAAAAGUUGAACAACAACCUUAUUUUAAUGAUUUUAGUAAAAAAUUGGAUAUACCAAGUGCGAAAAAAGAUCAAUUUGAACCUUAUUUAUCAGCAUCAUCUGUUUCAUCAACUGAAAGUUAUUUAAGUCCUUUAGAUGAUGAAAUCUUUGGUAAAUUCUCAACUAAAUUACCAUUAUCAUCAUCAUCACAACAAUCUCCAAAAAAGAGAAAGUUUAAUUCAUUAUCAUCAUCAUCAUUGUCAUCAUCAUUAUCAUCAUCAUUAUCGUCUUCAUUAUCAUCAUCAUUAUCAUCAUCAUCAUCAUCAUCAACUGAUAAAACAGAUAAUGAUAAUGAUACUCCAGUUUCUCCAAAAAGAAAAUAUACAAAGAAAAAGAAAUCAAAAGCUAUACUACCCUUUGAUUCCAAUAUUAAUGUAAUAACUACAACUACAACUACAAAUAAUACUACGGUUCGUAAAACUUCAUAUACUUCAAAAAAUGGUAUAAUUGAUCAUAUAUUUGAAUGUCCUCAUUGUGAUGCAACUUUCAAAGUUAAAGGUUAUUUAACUCGUCAUUUGAAAAAACACAAUACUUCAAAAGCUUUUCUUUGUCCAUUUUAUCAACAAGAUGGUAAAUCAGGUACAAAAUGUCAUCCAACUGGUGGUUUUUCAAGAAGAGAUACUUUUAAAACUCAUUUAAAAGCUUUGCAUUUUAUAUAUCCACCAGGAACAAAAUCAACUGAAAGAAGUUUAUUAAGUGGUAGAUGUGCUGGAUGUUUUCAAUUUUUUGAAAAUAAUAUUCAAUGGUUAGAAAAACAUAUUGAAAUUGGUAAAUGUCAAGGAACUGUAAAAUUUAAAGAGAAUAUAAAUAAAAAAUUGUUACUGUUACUGACAGAAACUCCACUUAAUGAUAAUAAUGAUUGUGAUGAUGAUGAUGAUGUUGAUGAUUUUUCAAAUAUAAAAAUUAAAACCGAAUUUGACGAUUCAAACUAUUUAAAUCAGCUUGCUGAAUAG